AUGGCGGCUGCUCGUCAGGAAAUGGCAGACCUGCUGCGCGAGGUACAGAAAGUCCAGAAAGAGCUGCAACCUGUGCGGUCUGCCGUGGCUGUCCUUCAGAAAAGGGAGGCAGAUACGCCGAACGCUGCGGCAACCGGGGCCUCCUUGAAGAAAGUAGCCACGCGCCUCGAAAGCGUGAGGCACAAGUAUAGGCCGUAUUUGAUGCGCCUGAAAGAGCUGCUCUUUGACGAGGUGCCUGCGUACCUGCAACAGACAGCGCUGCUGGCGGCGGACGGGGAGUCUCCGGAGCAUCACCCAGACGGCGCGUCUCGCGGCACACGCAACGUGCCAAACGAGCGACUUACCGCGACUUUCUCGUCUUCCGUCAAGAGCAUGAACGACGAUGCAGCUCAUCUUCUUCAGCAGGUCUGCCCGCCAUCGACUCCGCACCUAGUACAACCCGAAAACCUUCGCUUCACGCAGCAGCAGCUUCGUCUCCGCACGGAGAUCGUUGAGUACUUGAUUGAGACGAAUCGAAUCGACAUCGCCGAGCACGUGGUUUGUGAAUACGGACUACCGCUGCAGUGGUUUCCACGGCUGGUGCUGUUGCAUCGCCAGCGCAUUUUUGGUACGGCUACAGAGGGGGUAGAGACAUUGCGAAACACCCUUCCCCCCAGUGCAGCGGCAGGCGUAACUGCGGCGACGGUGACUUCUGGCCUUUCGCGGUCGUUCCCAGCCCCUGGCGUCUCUCUGCCGGUGACGCCAUCGACGCGUCCCCGUGCCCCUGGCGCUCCGCCGAAGUCACCAAUUCUGCAACAAUUUUCAGCCUCCUCGAAGAGCAACGCGACUGGUGUCCCGGCGCCUUUCUUGCCACGAUCUCCAGCCCCAAAGCCUACGUCGGCAAGCUCAGCUGGGGCCAGUACGCCUAUGGGACUGCAUGUGAACCGGAGCGCCGCCUCGACUGCCUCUUCGGUCAUCCACUCACCGCCUACCCCACAGCAGCAACAAAGGGAAAGCGGGGUGACAAGCGCGUUCCCCUCACAGGCACCGCCCAGUACUGACACGGCUGGUGCCGCGACUGCCCCUGUUACAAUGCCGGAUCUCGUCGUGCGUGUCGUGAGCGCCGCCAUGUACUUGAAGGAUGAGUACCUGGACCGCAUGGUACUGGAGCGCACCCUGGAGCAACACCUCGGCACCGCGGCGUCCUCCGUGUCGGCGAACGCCGCGUCGACCCGUGGUAACAGCACGCCAUCCCCCAACUCUGCGACGCCACCCGACCGCUACAAGGCAUGCGUUCUGAGUCGUAUUGCCAACAUACCUCGUCACCACCUGCACACGCAGUCCGGUGACGACGCCUUCGAUAAUGCCAUGAUGAACAUCAUCGAGGAUCUGCUAGUGUACGGCUUGCAGAGGUGGGCAGAGGUGGAUUCCGCGACGGUGGCUGAUGCUGAAGAGGCGGCCGCAGAGUCCAAGAAGAAAGCGGAGCUGCAACUUACGUUGACCACGGACACCCUUCUGACUCCGCAGGAGAUGCUGCUGGCGGACAAGGUGUGGAACGAGGACAUCCUCUUCCUAAAGCGGCCCACAAGGUUUUACUGCGUCGAGAGUGGUUUGAGCACGGACGACGGGACCGCCUCCGCGCUGGCGAUGCCCCGCGCGCGCACAAAUGGCGAGGUGGUUUCCAAGCUCGUCGCCGUCAACCACGACGCACUUGACUCUACCGCGGGCAUCUUUAUCACUUGA